GAAAUCGCCAGCACGCAGCGACCAGCGCAAGUGUAAAAUCUCUCGCGUUUUCCCUCUCAACUAAGAACAUCCCGCAUCUUUCUCCGCCUCAAGCUUACACGAUCCACACACACACACUAACAUCAACAUCCUACAACAACAUGACGAACUUUCCACCAGAGACAGCUCUGCAGAUAAGCAAACCCCCCUCUCAGCAGAUACAGCACCUUCCCACCUCUCAGCUCAAGACCAAAGCCAAUACACAUGAGCCCUGGCGCCGCGACCCCAAUGGGACAUCCAACCUCGGCGCCGACGGAGUCUUACGGUCACUAAACGCCAAUCGCACUCUUGUUCUAGACUACCGUCGACUGACACCUGAGGAAGUCAAGGAAUAUGCGACGCCAUUCGGUCAGGAAGCUUUGGAUGCACUUGUGGGUGUCGAUGGUCGUGAUGUUGUUGAUGAGGCUGUGUUGUGGGCUGUUCCCGAGGGACAGAAAAGACAGACAGAGUCGAGGAAUGAGACGCUGGUCAAAGUGAGACAAUAAACCUAU